UCGGCCCCCCCUCCUAGGGACCCCUCCCCGGAUCGGAGCCCACCCGAGGAGCCCUCUCCCGACCCCCAGCCCACCGCCCGGCCAGUACAGCAGCCCGGGGGGCCGCCCCCGCCCGCCUGCCUCUCUGCAGCUCAGCCCUGCCAGAGCCCCCCAGCCAUGAAUCUUUUCCGAUUCCUGGGAGACCUCUCCCACCUCUUAGCCAUCAUCUUGCUACUGCUCAAAAUCUGGAAGUCCCGCUCUUGUGCCGGGAUUUCGGGGAAGAGCCAGGUGCUGUUCGCCGUGGUGUUCACUGCCCGCUACCUGGACCUCUUCACCAACUACAUCUCCCUCUACAACACGUGCAUGAAGGUGGUCUACAUAGCCUGCUCCUUCACCACGGUCUGGAUGAUUUAUAGUAAGUUCAAAGCCACUUAUGAUGGAAACCACGACACGUUCCGGGUGGAGUUUCUCGUCGUUCCCACGGCCAUCCUGGCGUUCCUGGUCAACCAUGACUUCACGCCUCUAGAGAUCCUCUGGACCUUCUCCAUCUACCUGGAGUCAGUGGCCAUCUUGCCACAGCUGUUCAUGGUGAGCAAGACGGGCGAGGCGGAGACCAUCACCAGCCACUACUUGUUCGCCCUGGGCGUCUACCGCACGCUCUAUCUCUUCAACUGGAUCUGGCGCUACCACUUCGAGGGCUUCUUUGACCUCAUCGCCAUUGUGGCAGGCCUGGUCCAGACAGUCCUCUACUGCGACUUCUUCUACCUCUACAUCACCAAAGUACUGAAGGGGAAGAAGCUGAGUUUGCCGGCAUAGCCCUGGUCCCUGCCAUCCCUGUCCUCAGCAGCUGCAACGGCAGCGGCGGCGGGAGGCAGGCAGCACAGACGAAGAGCCUUCCCAGCCAGGGGUGACUUUUUUAAAGAACCAAGCUCUCCCCGCUCCCCGUCCCCCCUCCUGCCGGGUUGUGGGGGGGCAGUGGAGAACCCAUGUUUUGGGGAGCUCAGGACCUGGGCUGUUUGUAGUUUUUUGCCUUUUAGAGAAGAAAAAAAAUCUUUCCACUAUUUAGUUUUUGAUUCUAAUGACGCUUUUCUCUUCUAUUCUCUGGCCCCGAUUUUUAUAAACUGUUUUUGUGUGUCCUACGGGCCUGGGUAGGGUCGGAGGUCUUUCCCUUCCCCAAGCCCCUUGGCUCCCUCCCAGAUCUCACCCCCAGCCCCUCUGGUUGCCAAACACUACAUCUACCGACACCCACCUGCCUG